AGACAUCACAGCGGAGCUUGGCGAAGAGGCGGCGCGGUCAAUUCAAAGUUCUCGUAGUCUGCCGCCCGAAGAGGGGACCACAGGGGAUACAGCCAAUAUAUCGGAUGGUAUCGAUGCACCAUCAGCCCACAGGCGGGAAGCGAGUGAUGAAAAAAGACAAGCGUGUGAAUGCAGCCAUGCAGCUCGAUGCCUCUGGCUUAUCACCGAAGAUGGAGCGGCACUUGGCGGCAGCAGGGUGAUGGCGACCUGACGACUGACGACUGACGACUGGCGACUGACGACCUCGUGGCCAAAGGCAUGGCAGUUGCUUCUCGUGCGCCGUCUCCUGAUGCAAUGGUUCGCCCAGCUGCAGUUCAUCACUCUGGAACCGUAUUGCUUGUCGCAGAACUUUCGUGACGGCCUGCGACUCUGCAUCAACACGCCUGCUGCGUCUGCCACAUUGGUCGGUCGGUCCCGGCGCACAUGGUUACAGGCUGAGCGACGCACACGUGCUCGCGCUUAUCUCUUACCUUCACACGGUCGAUGUGACCUUGGCUCGAGUUCUCCAGAUCGAUUCGAAGGCUGUUCACAAUGCAACAAACGCAGGCCUCCGAUGUGGUCGGCGAGCCACAACUCACCAUGGAAGAAGCGAUGAAGAUGGAGGACAAACUUAGCGUUUUGUCACCGUCCGUGGCACCCAAAUAUCGAGGAACCUCUACCGACCAGAAUGACAUGAUGACGCUCGGCAAGAAACAAGUGCUUAGGAGGAACUUUCGUUUCGUUACUAUGCUGGGGUUCGGAAGCACGGUCAUUUGCAGCUGGGAGGUACUGCUUCCAGUCUUCACAUUCGUGCUUAUCGAUGGAGGCUAUGGGGCUUUGUUCUGGGGCUUUAUUGCUGUAACCAUUGGAAUGCUCCUCAUUGACAGUGCCAGGUGUCCCACUGCUGGUGGUCAAUAUCAUUGGGUCUCUGAAUUCGCUCCUCCCAAGUAUCAAAAGUUCCUGUCCUAUGCCACUGGGUGGCUAUGUGCUACGGGCUGGCAAGUCUUCCUAGCCUCUGUGGCGUUCAUGGUUGGCGGAAUCAUUCAAGGUCUGAUUGCCCUCAACAACCCUGACUAUGUCUUCGAGCGGUUCCAUGCAACCCUGCUCUCCAUAGCUAUCAUUUCCUUUGCUGUCCUCUUUAACACCGUCUUGGCGGUAAGACUCCCGCUCGUGGAAGGCAUAAUCCUCAUUCUACACAUCGCUGGCUUCUUUGGAGUUUUCAUCCCACUCUGGGUUUUGGCUCCGAGGGCGCAUUCGGACAUCCUCGUAAAAUUCACGAACGAUGGCGGCUGGCCAACGACUGGCAUCGCUGCCAUGAUUGGCCUGACAACCCCUCUGACAGCUCUUAUCGGCUAUGAUUGCUCGGUUCAUAUGAGCGAGGAACUUGUCGAUGCCUCAUACAGUAUGCCACGUGCCAUCAUGUGGACUGUCGGUCCCAAUGCAGUGCUCGGGUUCUUGAUGGCUGUCACGCUCUGCUUUACUGCCGGAGAUCCCGCCGCGCUUCUCGAGACGCACACAGGACAACCGUUCAUCCAGGUCUUCUACAAUGGCACCCGCAGUCUUUCUGGAGCGACCGUAAUGUGCGCGAUCGUUGUCGUGUGCUUAACCUCUUGCUGCAUCAGCGAAGUUGCCACAGCCUCUCGACAGCUUUGGUCCUUCGCUCGUGACAACGGACUGCCGUUCUCAGCGUGGAUAAGACAUGUCACGCCUGGCUGGAAUAUUCCUUUGCGAUCGGUAUUGGUGUCGUUUGUCAUCACAUCACUGCUUGCUUGCAUCAAUCUCGGAUCGACCACUGCACUGAACGCUAUCAACUCUCUGGGUGGAGUAAGUGUUCUUGGCAGUUAUUUCAUCACCAUAGCUUGCCUUAUCUGGAGGCGGCUAUACGGUGAUCCCCUGCCACCUCGACGUUGGUCGCUUGGCAAAUUCGGACUGCCGAUCAACAUACUCGCUCUGCUUUUCCUGGUACCACUCUGGUUCUUCUCUUUCUGGCCUUUAGCCCAACCCGUCACAGCGCAAAGCAUGAACUGGAACAGUACGAUGUUCGGAGGCAUGAUAAUAGUAUCCUUGGCAUACUACCAUCUAUGGGGCAAGCAGGUGUACACAGGGCCAGUCGUGCUUGUAAAGCGAGAUGUGUAG